CUGGCCAUGACUUCUUCCGAUCAUCCAUUCAACACAACAUUAACAUCUCGAUCAGGAAUAUCAAAUCAACUCAGCUUUCCAUCGAAAUCGAAACACCACGAAUCCAAAGAAUGAACUCAACCGAAGAACCAGACACAUCAACCCUACUAAUCGAAAAACACAUCAACUUUAUACAAUCAUUAGAUAAAAAAGAAGAUUCAUUAAGUUAUCAUUUAACAGAACAUUUAAGAUUGAAUGGAAUUUAUUGGGCUUUAGUAUCCAUACAACUUUUAAAAAAACCUAAUACUUUAUCAAAAGAUGAAAUGAUUCAAUGGGUUUUAAAGUGUUGGGAUCCAAUUGAAGGUGGUUUUUCACCUCAUCCAUUUCAUGAUCCUCAUCUUCAUUCUACUUUAAGUGCUAUUCAAAUCUUAGUGAUGCAAAACUCGCUAGAUAAAGUAGAUAAACAGAAAAUCACAAAUUAUAUCUUAGCAAGAUUUAAUGAUCAAACAGGUUCAUUUUCAGGUGAUCAAUGGAACGAAACCGAUACAAGGUUUUCAUACUGUGCUAUCUCAGGUUUAUCUCUCUUAGGCACCUUACAACAAUUAAAUCAAUCACGUGCAACCGAUUAUUUAAUCAAUUGUCAAAACUUUGAUGGUGGAUUUGGUAUGAUUCAAGGAUCUGAAUCUCAUGCUGCAUAUGUUUGGACUUCGGUAGCUGCUUUGGCUAUUUUAGGAAACUUGGAUUUGAUUGAUCAGAAUAAAUUAGGUUGGUGGUUAAGUGAAAGACAAUUAGAAAAUGGAGGAUUGAAUGGUAGACCAGAGAAACUAGAAGAUGUUUGUUAUUCUUGGUGGGCAUUAGCUUCAUUAGAAAUUAUUGGUAAAACUCAUUGGAUUGAUGGAAACAAAUUAAAAUCAUUUAUUCUUUCAUGUCAAGAUUCAAAUUUAGGUGGAAUUGCAGAUAGACCAAAUGAUAUGCCAGAUCUUUGGCAUACAAUCUUUGGUUUAUCUGGACUUUCGAUUUUAAAUUUUCAUGGAUUAGAAAAGAUUGAUCCGAUUUAUUGUAUACCAACUGAAUUUACCAAAUCUUUAAAUCAUCAAAGUUGAAUCGAUUUUUAAAGGUUUAAAUUUAAUCUUUCGGUUUAUGUUUGUAUAAAUUGAUGAUGAUUUUUUUAUUGAGCUUGUUUUUUUGUGUUGGAUCUGAUGUUGAUUGUAAAAAUAAAGUGAAUUUCUUGG